AUGGAUGUAUUUAAAAACAACAAACGUUCUGGCUGUGGUUCUGGUGAAAGUUCGUUGACGGAUGAAAGUGGUAGUUCUUUUGGUCUGGCUCAGCAUGCACAGACGAAGACAGUCCAUAAAAGAAAACGUGAAUCAGAAAAGGGUGGAAAGACUGAAGAAAUAAAAAUUAAAAAGAAAAGACCAAAUCACUUUGUUGCCAUUCGUGUAUCAGAUCCUGCCAUUCACCUUGCAAUUAAAGGUUUUCAAGAUGCAGUUUUGAAAGAAAAUGAAAAAUUAAAACCAGCACUAAUUCCUUUACUUUCCCUCCACAUAACAAUGGCUGUGAUGCAUUUAGAUGAAACUACAAUAAAAAUUGCACAAGAUGCUUUGGAAAAAUGUAAGGAUAAAAUUAGUCGUGCUCUACAAGCUGUCAAUCAUAAAUUAAUAUUUAGUGGGGUUGGAAACUUCAACAAUCAAAUAGUGUUUGUGAAGCUUCAAGAGCAGCAACAAAUUGAUUGUCUGAAAAAUAUUAACAGUGUGAUAAAAAAAGCAUUUGAAGAAGAUGAGAUUUGUCUGACUGACAAGAAGGAAUAUAAUCCACAUUUGACUUUAAUAAAGAAGAGGUCAUUUAGAAAGGAUGAAAUUAAGAAAGUAUACGAAUCAUACCUUGAUAAAUACUUUGGAGUGGAAUCAGUGAAAGAGGUUCACUUGUAUCGCAUGGGUCCAAAAGAAGAUGGUUCUUAUGAAUGUGUAUCAACAAUAACAUGCUGCAAUGACUCUCACAUGGGUGAAAACAAAAGCUGCAAAAUAAGGAGUAGAGCAUAA